AUGGUCGGGUUGAUGAUUUAUCAGCUUCUAAGGGAAUCUGUGCUUUCUCAAUGCAACGCUACAGGCUCUUCUAUCCUGUUCUCCUUUUGUUCAGCUUCUGCAGGAAUUGAGAACUCGCAAAAGUUCGUCUCUGAAUUUGACAUGCCUAGUGGUUCAAGUUCAAAGAACAAAGAUGCAAGUGUUCUUGAGACUGGUAGGCCUUUUAGCCUUGCCAUGUUUGAAGGCGUUCUUUAA